GUGGGUAAACUGAGAGAGAAAAUCCAAGAGGUUAAGCAAGAAAGGGAGCAGGAGCAGCACAAACACACUGCCUAUGUUUCUGAACUGAAAGCCAAGCUCCAUGAGGAGAAAAUGAAGGAACUUCAGAGUGUCAGAGAGCUACUGAUCCGGCAACACGAGCAGGAGGUAGCGAGGAUGGUGAAAAUUAAAGAUGGAGAAAUUCAGCGUUUGCAGUCAACAGUCAAUGUCCUGCGGGAUGGGGCGGCGGACAAAGUGAAGACGGCGCUGCUGAGUGAAGCGAAGGAGGAGGCUCGCAAGGCGUUCGAUGGCGAACGGAUGAAGUUGCAACAAGAGAUCUUGGAGCUAAAAUCUGGCAAAAAGCAGCUUGAAGAAGCUUUGAACAACAUUAUGCAGGCUGAUAAAAUGAAGGCUGCUGAUCUGCGCACUGCUUAUCAGUCCCAUCAGGAUGAGAUUAAUAGAAUAAAGCGGGAAUGUGAGAGAGAGAUCCGCAGGCUGAUGGAUGAGAUAAAAGGCAAAGACAGAGUGAUCCUGGCUCUGGAGAAAGACCUUGGUGUCCAGGCAGGCCAUACACAGAAACUGCUCCUGCAGAAAGAGGCUUUGGAUGAACAGCUUGUCCAAGUGAAGGAGGCAGAACGAUACCACAGUAGUCCUAAGAGAGAGCUUCCUGCGGGAGUUGGGGAUAUCACUGAACUGAUGGGAAGCCCGCAUUUGGAUGAACGAGAUGUGCGGAGAUUUCAGUUAAAAAUCGCUGAACUGAAUGCUGUAAUAAGGAAGCUGGAAGACAGAAAUACUCUCUUAGCAGAUGAAAGAAAUGAACUGCUGAAACGUUCUCGGGAGACAGAAAGUCAGCUGAAGCCUUUGGUAGAAAAAAAUAAGAGGAUGAGCAAAAAAAAUGAUGAUAUGUUGCAAUGUAUCCAGAGAAUGGAAGAGAAAAUAAAAAAUCUCUCAAGAGAAAAUGUGGAAUUGAAAGAAAAGUUAUCUGCACAACCAGCCCUGAAGAGGCACACAUCUUUGAAUGAUCUCAGCAGCACACGGGAAGAACAAGAAAUUGAAUUCCUCAGACUGCAAGUCAAAGAACAGCAGCAUGUUAUUGAUGAUCUCACAGUGGAAAGGGAACGGUUAUUACGGUCUAAAAAACAGAAGAGGAAAAGUCUGAAGCCUCCAAAGAGACAUGUUGUGGAGACAUUUUUUGGAUUUGAUGAAGAAUCUGUUGAUUCAGAAACAUCAUCUGUAACUUCAUAUAACACAGAUAAAACAGACAGGACACCAGCAACACCAGAAGAAGAUUUGGAAGAUAGCAUGCCUAAAGAAGAAGCUGAACUAAGGUUCUGCCAGCUAACAAGAGAGUAUCAAGCUUUGCAAAGAGCAUAUGCGUUGCUUCAAGAACAAGUUGGUGGAACCCUGGAUGCAGAGAGAGAAGCAAGGACUCGUGAACAACUGCAAGCUGAUCUUCUCAGGUGUCAGGCAAAAAUUGAGGACCUGGAGAAAGCUCUAAUUGAGAAAGGACAGGAUUCAAAAUGGGUAGAAGAAAAGCAGCUGUUAAUCAGAACAAAUCAGGAGUUGCUAGAGAAGAUUUACAGAAUGGAACAAGAAGAGCAUCAGCUGAAGAAUGAGAUGCAAGAUGCAAAAGACCAGAAUGAGCUGUUAGAAUUCAGAGUGCUAGAACUUGAAGAGAGAGAACGAAGGUCGCCGGCAUUUAAUCUUCAUAUAACCACCUUCCCUGAAAACAAUGGAAGUGCACUUCAACUGUUCUGUCAACAUGAAGGAAUAAAGGAUGUGAAUAUAUCUGAACUUAUGAAGAAGCUAGAUAUUCUUGGAGAUAACGGGAAUUUGAGAAAUGAAGAACAGGUUGCAAUAAUCCAAGCUGGGACUGUGCUUUCCCUCUGUGAAAAGUGGUUAAAACAGAUAGAGGGGACAGAAGCUGCACUGACACAGAAGAUGUUAGACCUGGAGAAUGAAAAGGACCUGUUCAGUAAACAGAAGGGUUAUUUAGAGGAAGAACUCGACUACAGGAAGCAAGCUCUGGACCAGGCAUACAUGAAAAUCCAGGAGCUGGAAGCCACGCUGUAUAAUGCCCUGCAGCAGGAUCCAGGAAGGCGGGCAAGCGAGUCGCUGACUGAAGCCCAGAGGGAGGAUUUGCGAGCUGCAGUGGAGAAGGUGCGGCGGCAGAUCCUGAGGCAGAGCCGCGAGUUUGACAGCCAGAUCUUGCACGAGCGAAUGGAGCUGCUGCAGCAGGCACAGCAGCGAAUUCGAGAACUAGAAGAUAAAAUAGAACUUCAAAAGAGGCAACUCAAAGAAAUUGAGGAGAAGCAUUCAUUCUGUGGCCUUGAUGACACAACUGAGCCAAGAUGUGUG